AUGAUGGACAUCCCAAAACCUGCAAAUCCAGUGACUACACUUCUCCCCUUUAUUCUUCCAUUCUUUUUGCUCAUGUGAAGACUUCCAUAUCAUUCGCCUGUAGAAGCAACUUUUUGUGUGUAUAUUUUUAUAGUGUUUUAUGCAUUUUUAAAGUCAUUGUGAAUAAAAAAUCAUUCAGUGGCUGAUGAGAUGUGAAGUAUUAUGCCGGUUUAUUAUGCAUAUAUUUUUGCAGCAACUUCAGGCAGUGCCAGAUCUAAAAUUAUGUUUAGUCUUGUUGCAGCUUGGGCAAUAAGGAUGUCAUAUAAUUUUUAUCGAAAAGGUGGAUAUAAAGGAUUAGAGGACCAUAGAUGGGGAAAACUUAGAGAGACAAUAAGAAAUCCGAUUCUUUGGCAAUUAUUUAAUUUCUUUUUUAUUUGUGUUACGCAAAAUGCGCUAUUGCUGUUUAUAUGCUUACCUGGGUAUUUUGCACCUAAUGAUUCUUUGAAUUUGAUUGAUAUUGUGGCGACUUUAUUAAAUUUGGGGUUUCUUUUAUUAGAAAGUAUUGCUGAUAAUCAACAAUGGAAUUUCCAAAAAGAAAAGCAAAGGCUAAUUAGUGAGAAAAAAGAGCUUACUAAAGAGUUUAAAAAUGGAUUCUUAAGCAGAGGACUUUUCAGAUACUCAAGGCAUCCUAAUUUUUUUGGAGAGAUUGGGAUUUGGUGGAGUUUCUAUUUAUUUACACAAUCAUUUAACCUAUCAAUUAUUGGUCCAAUCUCAUUGACACUAUUAUUCCAAGGAUCUUCCAAUUUUACAGAGAAAAUCAGCGCUUCAAAAUAUCCUGAGUACAAAGUGUACCAAAAAAUAACAUCAAAGAUAAUUCCGUGGUUUCCACAGAAGUGGCAGGAAUAA